AUGAACCUGGAGGUCCCUAAACUUGACAUCAAGUCGGCAACACGUGUGACCGGGGGUCCCGCCACGCCUCGCAAAGGGCCCCCCAAAUUCAAGCAGAGGCAAACACGUCAGUUCAAGAGCAAACCACCCAAGAAAGGCAUCCAGGGCUUUGGAGACGAUAUCCCGGGGAUGGAGGGCUUAGGAACAGACAUCACUGUCAUCUGCCCAUGGGAGGCCUUCAACCACCUGGAGCUGCACGAACUGGCACAAUACGGCAUCAUCUAA